CUCGCUCGGAAAAAAAAAUAAUAAUAAAAAAGAAACGUAUUACUCUGUUGAAUCCAAACCCAAACACAUAAAAAACCCCUCGCUGAAAAAUUCCCCUGCUUUGUCUUAAACCCCUCGCUCAAGAAAACCCAUAUCUCAAGCCAAGCCCUAAUAAAGUUUGGAUCAAACGAAACACAAAAAAGAAAUAAAAUAAAAAAAGAAAACAAGAGGGGGAUAUAUCCAGAAGCGAUGAAGGAAUCGGCGGAGGCGCCGCCCGAGAGAGAUUUGUACGCUCUCCUUCAUUUAUCGCCGGAAGCAUCCGAUGAGGAGAUUCGAAGGGCUUAUCGUCAGUGGGCCCAGAUUUAUCAUCCUGAUAAGUACCAAGAUCUGCAGAUGAAAGAUAUUGCCACGGAAAACUUUCAGCGGAUCCGAGAUGCCUAUGGGAUUUUGAGCGACGAGUACAAGAGGCAGAUUUAUGAUAUCUAUGGAAUGGAAGGGCUGAAUUCGGGCUUGGAGCUCGGCCCGAAGCUGAACAGACCAGAGGAAAUUAAGGAGGAACUUGAAAGGCUUCGACGACGCAAGGAGGAAGAGAAGGCAUUCGCCUAUUCUCGACCUGCUGGUUCAAUUUUUGCUCAUUUGUCGGUACCCCAGUAUCUAGAUGGGGGUGGUAUAUUGAGAGGAAUGGCAAUGUCAAGUGAGGUACAAUCUCAUCUAUCGAAGAACAACACAAUUGCCAUUGGUGGAAAUCUGGCAGUUACUGGUAAUUCUGGUACUGGUGGGGCAACAGCUUUGCUGCGGCAUCAGUUAUCUUCUGUUUCCUCAAUAGAGUUCAUGGCAACUGCUGGUUUAAGAGCAGUUGUUGGCCUACAGACAACUCGUCACCUUUCUCGUCAUUCAACAGCGACCACUGGCUUUACAGUCUCUCUGAAAGAUGGGUCAGUCAAUCUUUCUAAUGCAUGGACCCGCCAACUAUCAGAAACAUCAGUUGGAAAUAUACAACUUGUUCUUGGAACAGAAUCAAAUAUAUCUGUAGGAUGGCAAAAGAAGGAUGAAAAGAAUUCCGCUGCUGGAGAACUGAAGUUUGGAACUAGCUCUAUUGGUGCAUCAGCUCAUUAUACUCGUCAUUUUUCCAAGAAGUCUCAUGGCCGACUAGCUGGUAGAAUUGGAAGCACUGCUAUGGAACUUGAAAUUGGAGGUGGGAGGCGGAUAUCUGAAUUUAGUACCGUGCGAAUACUCUACAGUAUAGGAAUUCAGGGAAUCUCAUGGAAAUUUGAGUUACACCGUGCAGGACAAAAGCUGAUCAUUCCGAUCAUGCUUUUCACUGAGCUGAAUGCUCGAAUAGCAGCUGGUGCAUUUCUAAUACCAUCGUCUCUCUACUUUCUUAUCAAGAAUUUCGUUGCAAAACCUUACUAUCUCAGGCGGGAAAGGACAAAGGAACUUGAGAGAAUGGAGAAGUCAUCAGUUCAGGUUCGGGAAGCAAGGCAGGCUGCUGAAAAGGCACAGAAACUACUCCAAAAUGUCUCUAACAGGAAGAGAAAUAAACAGUUAGAAAAUGGUGGACUGGUAAUCACAAGAGCAGUGUAUGGAAAUCGCAAAGCAAUCAAGAGAGUUGGUGAAGAUAGAGAGACCGAAGAUGAAAUGGCUUCACAAGUCCUAGAUGUAACUUUGCCUCUGAACUUUUUAGUCUCUGAUUCUGGACAGCUUAAGCUUCAUGAAGGGAUAAAGAAAUCAGGCAUAAUGGGAUUCUGUGAUCCAUGCCCUGGAGAGCCUAAGCAAUUACUGGUGGAGUAUACAUUUGGUGGACAGAACUUUAAGGUGGUGGUUGAUGACUAUGAGGAGUUGCUUAUCCCUCCUCAGGAAGCACAUAGAAUAUAAUUUUAUUAUUAUCAUCAUUAUUAGCUGAUUGAUCAAUAUAUCAACUGGUUGCCUCAAACAAUUUUGCAUGUCUUACCAUGCCCUUGAGGUACGCCCUUGCUCGAUUUCAUGAUUUAAUUGAGAUCCAAUGCCGUAAUUGGAAGAAUUAACAUGUAGAUUAAGUAGCAUUAUGAGAGACAACUAAUGGAGGCUUGUAUUUUAUUUUAUAUCCAAAUAAAAACCUUACCGUGUUUUAUGGGUCUCUCA